UAACCUUACUGCACCCUCACUCUUCUCUUCUCUUCUCUUCUCUUCUCUUCUCAAUCUCACGAACCAUAACAAAACCCUCUUUAGUUCUCUCUCACCAACCCAAACUAUACUACUAAUACUGUUAUUUUCUUAAACCAUGUCUAACUCUGACGGAGCAACUAACGGCGUCAGCAGCAACGGCGCAAUCGUCGAGUCGCAGCGGAACAGCCAGCAGUCAAACGCCCUAGCCGUGAAAAAACCGCCGUCGAAGGACCGUCACAGCAAGGUCGACGGAAGAGGACGCCGCAUUCGGAUGCCGAUCAUAUGCGCCGCACGUGUUUUCCAGCUGACACGUGAGUUAGGGCACAAGUCCGACGGUCAAACCAUCGAGUGGCUUCUCCGGCAAGCUGAACCCUCCAUCAUCGCCGCAACCGGCACCGGCACGACUCCGGCGAGCUUCUCCACUGUCUCCGACCACAAGCCACUGCUUCCUCCUCCCACUCCCUUCAUUCUCGGAAAACGCAUACGCCCGGACGACGACGCAGCCGCCAAAGACGACGCCGUUUCGCUCGUUGGGUCUCCCACGCCGCACGCUCUUUGGGCCCUUCCUUCCAGGCCCGAUUUCGGCCAAGUCUGGAGCUUCGCCGCCGCCGCCGCAGCCGCAGCGCCACCGGAACUCGUUUCGGUGUCGACGCAACAGCAUGGUUCGAUGUUCCACCAACAUCACCAUCAGCAACAGCAGCAGCAACAAGCCGCCAUGGGAGAGGCUUCUGCGGCGAGGCUGGGGAAUUACCUUCCCGGUCAUCUGAAUUUGCUGGCGUCGUUGUCCGGCGGCCACGGGAAUUCCGGCCGGCGAGACGACGAGCCUCGUUGAUUGUUGAAUUGCGAUGGCUUAGGCGGUGUUCUUCCCUUUUCGUAUAUAUUUAUGUAUUACGCGUGUGUAUGUGUGUUUUUGUCUGUGACUUUGUUGUUGUGUGUGGACUGCGGACAAGGAGAAGAUUCUUAGUGAAAUUUUUAGGGAUAGGUGUUCCUAAUUUUUUUUUAGUAGUUUUGAGUGGAGAAGUCCAUGAAUUGAGGAAUUCAAUUGGAUUAGGGUUUUCCUGGAUUGGAAAACUAAUUAGGUUGUUAGGAGAUGAUGAAUUUGUUUAGAUCAUUGGUGGAGGAGAGAGAGUAUGUAUGAUUUUGAUGAUGAGAUGAGAUGAAUAACUUGGGAUUGAGGCUGGAAGUGGUUUUCAGAACCUUGAUCGAUCGUUUUGCAAAUUUGCAAAUGCAAGUUUUAAUGGAAUGAAAUUAAUUUAAUGAUGUUAUUGUGCAAAGAGUCACGCUCCAAGGUGAUUGAAGAGAGAUUGAGCUUGUUGCAUCUGUUUCACUCUCAAAAGGGUUUUGGUUUUUGAAGUUGACUAACUCUCACUUUCCAAAUUCCAAAUUGGGUCACUAAAAGUGAUUAGUUAGUCUUCAUAGCAUUAGGUUGAGUCAUGAGUGAUUGUGUAUCUCAUUAUCGGCUGUCACUCCCAUAUUCUUGGAGCAACCUUUCCAAUACUGAUUGAGAAUUCAUGUUAUUGGGCAUCAUUGAGGGAUUGUGGUCCAUCUAAUGUCUUUGUGAGCUAAGCUAUGCUGCCUCGCUCUCUCCUUCAAUUUGGCGCGGUCUUGGUUGAUUCAGAGAUGGCUGCUAUCUGAAAGACACGGCCUGGUUCUACUCUAUGGAUUAUUGGUGGGGCAUUCAAAUUUGCGAUGCUGACAGGUUUUUGAAUUAUUGCUAAACACAAUACAGAAGGGUCAGCUUCCAAUAAUUGAUGGGUCCCUGAAAUUACAUGA